UUUUUGUUUGCCGGGAGCACCCUGUUCCAAUUGUACAAAAUUCCGGCGAGAUUUUAAUUCGCGUUAAAAUUAAAAUUAUACAAUAAAACGCGUAAAUUUUGUGAAAAAAACAUGUGCAAUGUGCUCUCGGUUUUGUUGUUGAUCGAUGUGCAGUGAAGGACGGUGAGUGCACCAGCAGCAAUUUCUCUGCAACCACUCCACCACCCCCGCGCGUCAUCCAAAAACGUGACUAAUGCACUGCUCGCGUAGCCUCUCUGCUGCUGGCGCCGUGGACAACACAACAACAACAUUCUAUACGGCAGCAGCGACAUCGGCGUCGGCAGCAGCCUCGGCCAGCACAACGCCAACGUCGAACAAGACGACAACAAUGGCCACAACGGGGGUAACGGCGACCACAGGGCCAGCGGCAACAAAUGCUAAAGAUGGUAAGUUCCGCUUUUGGUCAAAGUCAAGCCCUCCUUCAACGAGCAGCACUCCACACCCCACUUCUGGCGUCACAAUGCGGGAGAAGAAAGGAGGAGCCCUGCAAAAGCUCAAGAAGAGGCUAUCCCAUAGCUUUGGCCGAUUAACAAUUUCCCGCGAAGAUGGCGACGAGUCGACGCAUCAUCAUCACCAUCACCAUCAUCAUCAUCGCGGCGGUCAUGGCGGGCAUCAUAAUCACGGUAAUAAAGUUCCAUAUAAUGGCUACAAUUCGGAGGAGUAUCUGGAUCGUCUCGAACCGAAUGGCAAUAUACCCGCUGAUAAAACGAAUUGCAGAUAUGGAGCCCAAGAAUCUGCGAAAAAUGAUAAUAAGAAACCACAAGACUGGCGCAGCACGGACAGCACCGACCAUCAUGAUCGCGUCCAGAGGCAAUUGUCCGUCUCCUCCGACAGCAAGCUGCUGGACGAGGACAUCCGUGAGGAGAUGAAGUACCAUUCGCAUGUGGUCAUGCGUCCCAAGAAGCCGCCCAGACCCAAGUCCGAGGUGUUUCUCAACAAGCAGGAUCCGCAUCCGCGACGCAAACGCUUCAGUGCAUUUGGUGGCGACUCCCCGUUUGGGAAGCAGGAGGCCUACGUCAAGCUGGAACCACUGGGCGAAGGGUCCUAUGCGACGGUCUACAAAGGAUUCAGCAAAUUAACCUACCAGCGGGUGGCGCUGAAGGAGAUCCGACUGCAGGAGGAGGAGGGCGCACCCUUCACGGCCAUCCGUGAGGCCUCGCUGCUGAAAGAACUGAAGCACAGCAACAUCGUGACGCUGCACGACAUCGUGCACACCCGUGAGACGCUGACCUUUGUCUUUGAGUAUGUGAACACGGAUCUUUCGCAAUAUAUGGAGAAACAUCCUGGCGGUCUGGACCAUCGCAAUGUGCGUCUGUUCCUCUUCCAGCUGCUGCGCGGUCUCUCCUACUGCCACAAGCGUCGUGUCCUGCAUCGCGACGUCAAGCCGCAGAAUCUGCUAAUCAGCGACUGCGGCGAACUGAAGCUUGCCGACUUUGGCCUGGCCAGGGCCAAAUCUGUACCCAGUCACACAUAUUCGCAUGAGGUGGUCACGCUAUGGUAUCGUCCACCAGAUGUUCUGUUGGGCAGCACCGAGUACUCAACAUCGCUGGACAUGUGGGGCGUUGGGUGCAUCUUCGUGGAGAUGGUGACUGGGAUGCCAACAUUCCCCGGCAUACGUGAUACCUACGAUCAGUUGGACAAGAUAUUCAAAUUGCUGGGCACCCCCACAGAGGAGACGUGGACGGGGGUAACCCAUUUCCCAGGCUACAAGCCGCACAAGUUGGGUUUCUAUCGGCCAAGGAAACUGGGUCACAAUUUCCCACGACUGUACGACAUCAUCGAGGGCGAGACGAUAGCGAACGCCUUCCUGCAGCUGAAUCCAGAGGAGCGGAUCGGCGCCGAUGAUGCACUGCUGCAUCCCUACUUUGCGCAGUUGCCAAAGAAACUCUACGAAUUGCCAGAUGAAACCUCAAUAUUCACCGUGGAAGGCGUGCAGCUGUACACGGAGCCAAAUCGACAGAAUAAAUGAAAAUUAAAGCAAGUCCUCUCUGUGGAUGGCGUACGUUUCUAUUGUUAGGGGAUCCUAAAAUGCAAUCCCCACAAGCCCAGCCCCCCCAACCCCAAAUGAAAUAUAUAAAGCCCAGAGCCAACCCCAAUCAACCUCCUGGACUAGGCACAAGACAUCAAUCAAUCGUAUCAAUCAAUCUACCAACCAAUCAACCAAUCACUUCAGACAGCCAUAUAAUCGUCGAAGGAGGAGGAGUGUUCCAGUUCCAGUUGCUGACGUUUUUGUACUAUAAUUCUAUGAUACUUUCUAGUUAUUAGUUCCAUUCAAAGUGAGUGAAGCGCGAAGCGAACGAAGAGGAUAGAAGAUACACAGAUACAGCUAAAGAUCGCGGAUAGAUUGCUGUGGCCAGGCAGCGGCAUUUUAUGUUCAGUCAAAUUGUUAAAUUUAGUUUAGAUUUCUUGUAUACUUAGGCUGGCAACCAUCGUGUCCCCUUUACGUACCCUUGCUCCAUCCCGCGGCCUUCUUGUCGAUAAGGAUACUCAAUGCAGUCGGAUAUGUUUAUUUCCCUAUCCUUUUUUAGGGACUAGGGAUGGCAUUGCGCAAUGUUUUAGUGAAAGUCUGUGUCUCUGCGUUAAAUGAUAUGUGAAUGUGUAUGUGUAUGCCCCUUCCCAUAUUUUUCUCUUUAGUUUUUAUUUAUUUUUUGGGGCGAGGAAUUGCCUUAACCGAGUGCAAUCCAUACAAAAUUGAUGGCUUCGCAUCGCUCAGCGCAAAAGUGGAAGCAAUUUUCACGCAAUUUGUUCAGCGAUCCAUCCAUCCAUCCAUCCAUCGAUCCAUCAAGCACUAAAAUAAAACAACAUUCAUUAUUUCCAAUAUGAUGAUUUCUCUCACAAAUCCUUGAGUUGGUUCCGCAUAUACUACUAUAUAGUUUUUUUUGUAAUGCUUCUUUGUCAAUAAAUAAAAUCAGAGGGAUGAUUCGCUGCGCUGUUUAAGUGAUAAUUUUAUAAUUAUUAAAUGAAUUUAUGUAAAAACAAAUAAAUUUAAAUCAUUUAUACCAUUUAAUUUCUGCAUCUUUUAUUUUUGAUUAUUGAUUAUUCAUUACUGAAUAUUAUUUGAUUCAUUUUUGUACUCUUUAAGUCCCAUUUGCAGAUAUAUAAAUUAGUGAAAAGAACUCCAUCCAUUUAGACGAAUGAAUGUAUAGUCGAGAGUCGAGGGUCAAGUGGUGAGUUGUGUGAAGAGGAGACCACCCACCACGGGGGAGACUGAUUGAAUCAAUUUACGAAAACCCAAAAAUUUUCGAGGCAAACGUAAGCGAAUGAAUACUAGAUAAACAAUUAAAUUUAGCAAAGAAUCGCAAAUAGUAGAGUGAAAUUUUUAGCAAUCGACCGAAAGAAAGUACGAGAGUAAAUUCGACAUAAAAUAGCCAUCAAAUCAACUAAAUCAACUAAACACUAAAGUAACCUAACCGAAAUACGAGUAUUUUACAUACAUAGGCGUUUGUAGUGCAAACGCAACCAAUUGAAUGAAUCCAAUCCAAUCCAAAACAAAAUCCAUUAAUCCAUUACCAUAUUUCUAAGAAACGAUGAGACGUUACGUACGCUAUAGGGCCGAUGCCGAUGCCGAUGAGAGGACGCCCGCUGCUUAUGGCGGGUUACGGCAAAUUUUAAAUGAAAGAAAAUAAAAAUAAAAGCAAAACAAAACAAAGCAAGGAAAAGAAAAGAGCUAACAAAAUGUGCAAAUUUGAAAUCAAAGACACUUGAAAUGGUUUUGAAACAAGUAAAUGAAUCAAAAAACGAUUUGAGUAUAGAGCAACUAAAGCGUAGGAAAAAAUAUAUUAUGAAUAUCUAUCUCUAAUUGAUAUUAGAUAUACAUAUAUAUCUAUAUCAAUAUAGAUCUGUCGGAACGUAAGGACGAGCACAUUUGAGUCGUAUGCAAUCAAAUUGCUGAGCUGAGAUGAGAAUUACUGAUGAAGGUUUUAUGAGACGUAGCAGCCCUUUAAACAAAAAUAAUAUAAACAACAACUUUAUUAGGGCCAACAUGGCACAGGCCAGUGCUAAACUUUUAGCAGGCAGUGUGCCGCGAUCAACGCUCGCGUUUUCGUAGCGAUGCCAGAUUAUAUUUUGUAGCAAAAGUAAAAAAUUUAACUAAAACAAAAACAAAAAGCAAAGAGAAAACAAACAAAAAAUAUUUCAAAUGAAUAAACUUUUUCUGUGAUUUAUGAAAAAAGUAUGCAAAGACAGACAGGAUGGACAGUUGGACAGACGGACACACAUACACAGACAGUAAGCACACACACACACACACAAAAACA